AUGAGCAUUGCAGCGAAACUGAGAGAUCUCCAAGAAGAAGUCGUAAGUGCUGGCAAGGCCAAGAUGUCGCUACUCGAAGAGAUAAAGUCUCUCAAAGCCGAACUGAAUAUCCAACGGAUAGAGUACGAGGCCGAGUCGGAGCGCUCCGCUCGGUUGUCUGAGCAACUCACGCUGCAGACCCAACGGGAGGAGGAGAGAAAAAAGUAG